AGUGUUAUUGUAACAUCACUGUGGACUAGUCGCGUUGUUAACAAAUUAUUGAAGUGCGCGUAACUACUUGCAUGAUAAUUUAAAUUUCCAUGUCUAGCCGAAAGUAAAUCCGCAGAUUAAAAUGAAAUUAUUUAUAUUGUUUACUUUUUAUAUAUUUAAAUGUGAAUGUUAUAAAAUACUGGCAAUUUUUCCCUAUAACGGUCGCAGUCAUCACAUUUAUUUUACGGCGCUAGUUGAAGAGUUAGCUUUGAGGAAACAUAAUGUGACUGUGAUAAACUACCACCCAGUGCCGGCAUUACCUACUCUACGUCAAAUUUCUCUACAGGAGGGUAAAGAAAAUACUAGUGACAACGUUAAUAUAGAAGAACACCUGAAAGUGCUCUCAACUUCAAACUUCUUGUCAGUAGCAUAUGGUGGAGCUCAGGUAUUUAAACAAAUGGCGAAUACAAAUUGUAAAAAAUUGGUAAAUAAUAGAGAAAUACAAGAGUUUAUAGAAUCGAAGGAAUCAUUUGAUAUCGUUAUAGCUGAGCAAUUUAUGACGGACUGCGGUUUGGCUGUUGCCUACAAGUUGAACGCGCCCGUAAUAGGAAUGACCGCACAUAUUUUGAUGUCAUGGACCUAUUCAAGGCUAGGCGCACCAAACCAUCCAGCUUAUGUACCUAACCACUUUUUUGCUUCCGGAAAUUACCCAAACUUGUGGAAUAGAAUUAAGAGUACAAUCAUAAACUUUGGAAUGAAUAUGUAUUAUGCACAUGUGAUACAAAAACAAAAUCAGGAGAUAGUACAUGCAGUGUAUCCCGAUAUUCCACCAUUGGAAGAGCUCGGGAAAAAUGUGUCCUUAAUAUUAAUCAAUCAGUAUUUUCCUUUAACUGGUUCACGUUUACAAGGCUCCAAUGUUGUAGAAGUUGGUGGCAUGCAUAUAAAAGAGAAUGCUCAAAUAGAAGAUAAGCGAUUAAAAAACUUUUUGGACAAUGCAAAGAAAGACGUUGUUUUUAUAAGUUUUGGGAGUGUCGCGAAGAAUUUCCCACAAAAAAUAUUAGAUGAAAUCAAAAAUCUAAUUAAAAACAAUAGUGAUAUUCUAUUUAUUUGGAAAUUAGACGCUUCAAACUGGAAACCGCCUACCAAUGCGUACGUCGACAAGUGGAUGUCACAAAAAGCUAUUUUGUGUCAUCCAAAGGUAGUGGCAUUUAUAACCCACUCUGGAAUGCUGAGCUCCUCUGAGGCUAUGUAUUGUGGGGUGCCUAUUGUUGGUGUUCCACUGUUCGGAGAUCAGUUCGCCAAUGCACAAUCUGCAGUUGAGAGUGGCCUAGGAGUGUCUGUUGAUAUAUUAUCAUUUAACGAAAAAGUACUAAAGGAUGCUUUGAAGACUAUCCUUCAAGAUGAAUAUAGGCAGAAGGCCAAGCUAUUAUCUCAGCAGUGGAAAGAUAGGCCCCUUUCUCCGAUGGACACGGCAAUUUUCUGGAUUGAAUAUGUAGCUAAAUAUAAAGGAGUACAAAAUUUGAAACCAUCGGCAGCAGACUUGCCAAUGUAUCAAUAUUUGAUGAUUGAUGUUAUUUUGGUUUUGGGAUCAGUAUUUCUCCUGCUUCCAUUAACAAUAGUUAAAUUAAUAUGUUUGAUUGGGAACAAAAAGACGACACAGAAAUCUCAGAAGAAAGAAAAGCGAAAGAAGAGAGAUUAAGCAACAAUUUAUCAAUUUAUCUCAAAUAAUUAUUUAUUUAUAAUUAUUUCUCAAAUAAUGAUAAUUUGAAAUAAGAUCAAAAUAUAAUAAUCUAGAUAAUCUUUUC